CUCCAAAGGGCGCCCUUUAAAAAGCUUUUCUCCCAAACACCAAAACCCAUUUCUCUUCUCUUCCCCUGACUUUCCACCCUCUCUCUCUCUCUCUAGCCGCGUCUCUGUUUCUGCACCUUUCGGUUUCGAGGAAAGAAUCAAUCAACAAAGCUGGCUGUGCAAAGCAAGAAACCCAAAACCCUCUACUCCAAAGCAGCAGCCAUGGGUUUGCAGCAUCACCAGCACCAUCGCUCCAAGAGCCAGCAGCUCCUGCUCGACGACGAAGAGAUGGGUCUCGUUCUUCUAAUCACAAACUCAAAGAAACCCUCAACAGCUCUAACAUCAGCUCCGGCAGCUACACCAUCAUCCGCAGCGAAGCGCAAGCUUCUCACUCUGCUCUUCCUUUGCCUCGUCUCUUUCUUACUUAUCCUCGCCCCGCACUUCUUCCCCGCCUUCUAUUCAUUCGAUUCCAUGGCGGAUAUGCACUCAAAUCUCCCCAUUUGCUCUUCCGUCGCCAACGGAACCAUAUGCUGCGACAGGAGCAGCAUACGAACAGACGUCUGCUAUAUGAAAGGCGACAUCAGAACUGAAUCUUCCACUUCCUCAAUCCGCCUCUACGCCGGCGGCGAAUCUGUUCGUGAUGAAAGAAUCAGACCCUACACUCGCAAAUGGGAACCCACCACGAUGAGCACAAUCGACGAGCUCCACCUCAUCUCCACCUCCGACGAGAAACAGCAAAGCCACCGCUGCGACGUCACCCACGACAUCCCCGCCGUGUUCUUCUCCACCGGCGGGUACACCGGCAACGUCUACCACGAGUUCAACGACGGCCUGAUCCCACUGUACAUCACUUCUCACCAGUACAACAAAAAGGUCGUCUUCGUUAUCCUCGAGUACCACGACUGGUGGAUCUCCAAAUACUCCGACAUCCUCUCCCACCUCUCCGACUACCCCGCCGUCGACUUCUCCGGCGACAAGAGGACGCAUUGCUUCCCGGAAGCCACCGUCGGGCUCCGAAUCCACGACGAGCUCACAAUUUCCCCUGCCCUGAUGCAGGGGAGCAACCGAACCAUGGUCGAUUUCCGCAACAUCCUCGAUCGCGCCUACCUGCCCCGAAUCACCGGCCUGAUCGAAGACGAACAGCGCGAAUUCGAAUCCGAAUCGAAAUCGGAAUCGAAACUACCAACAAUCAUCCCCAAUUCGCGCCGUCCCAAGCUCGUGAUCGUGUCGCGAACUGGCUCUCGAGCAAUCACCAACGAGGAAUCCCUGGUGAAGCUGGCGGAGCGAAUUGGAUUCCGGGUCGAAAUCCUUAGGCCCGACCCGACGACCGAGCUGGCGAAGAUAUACAGGGCGAUGAACUCGAGCGACGUCAUGAUCGGGGUCCACGGCGCGGCGAUGACCCAUUUCUUGUUCAUGAAACCGGGGUGCGUUUUCAUCCAGGUGGUGCCGUUGGGGACGGAUUGGGCGGCGGAGAGCUACUACGGCGGUCCGGCGAAGAGGAUGGGGUUGAAGUACAUCGAGUACAAGAUUCUGCCCAAGGAAAGCUCUUUGUACGAGAAGUACGCGGUAGACGAUCCUGUGCUUCGAGAUCCGGAGAGCGUUAAUCAGAGAGGGUGGGAGUACACCAAGUCGAUCUAUUUGGAUGGUCAAAAUGUGGUUUUGGAUUUGAAGCGGUUUCAGAAGAGGUUGGCCCGAGCUUAUGGUUCUGUUAUGAGGAAUCGGAGCCAGCAACGGCGGCUUCAAUCGUUGUAA